AUGGAGCGUCAUAAAGUUCUCUGGUGGUGCAUCCUCUCUCAAGCUCUUCCGGUUCGAGCAGUAAUUGGUAGAGGAUUUCUAAUUGAGGAUACUAGAUGUCCUUUAUGUGGAGUGGGGGAGGAAACCAUGGAACAUCUAUUUCUAACUUGUGAUGUGGCGAUGCACUUGUGGCGUUCGUCACCUUGGGGAAUUUUUCCGGUGUGUGAGUCUGGUAUUCGAGUUUGGGAUUGGGUGAAGUUCAUUUGGAACCUUAACAACAGGGGUGUCAGGGCCGAGGAUGUCUUUCUCUAUGCUUCUAUUGUUGUUGACAAUAUCUGGCGGAUGCGUAAUGAUGUGGUUCACAACAAUAGCCCUCCUGAUGUUUUGCAUUGUAUUGACAUUAUUUGUUCUUCUUUUGCAGAGCUACAUACUACUCUUUUGCUUAGUCGUUCGCCAUUGUUGAGGGAAAGCUAG